ACCACUUCGGCUACGCCAACAACGACACCUUCAAGAUGCGCUAUCUGGUGGCGGAUCAAUACUGGGACCACGACGGGGGUGCCAUCUUCUUCUACACGGGAAACGAGGCGGACAUAGAGGUGUUCGCGAACAAAAUGGGCUUGAUGUGGGAAUGGGCCCCGGAAUUCAAGGCCCUCUUGAUUUUCGCUGAACAUCGCUACUACGGAAAGUCCAUGCCGUACGGAAACGAAUCCUUCAAGGGUCCGAGUCGCCAUGGAUACCUCACGUCAGAACAAGCCCUUGCGGAUUACGCGGAUCUGUUGAUGCACUUCAAGGCACAUGUCCCAGGAGCUGGGGACAGCAAAGUGGUUUCCUUCGGAGGAUCCUAUGGAGGCAUGCUGGCAGCGUGGUUUCGUCUCAAAUAUCCCCACGUGACCACGGCUGCCCUGGCAUCAAGCGCGCCCAUACUGCAGUUUACGGGGAUGACGCCCUGCAACGCCUUCAGCGAAGUGGUGACGAAGGCCUUCGCCAAAGAAUCGAACCAAUGCACUAAUGCGAUCCGAACAUCUUUCGAACUCAUAAGGAAGCAAGCGGCGACAGAGGAAGGUGCCAAGGCUCUGAAAAAACAGUUCCGUCUGUGUAAGCCGCUCGCCCCCAGCAACGACACGGUGCUCAGGGACUGGAUCAGGAACGUCUUUGCCUACCUCGCCAUGGUGAACUAUCCGUACGCCAGCAAGCUAACCCUGCCAGCUCCUGGACACCCCGUCAAGGAAGCGUGCAAGUUUCUCAAAAAGAACUUCACGGACGUCCAGUCGCUUCUCGAUGGAAUUUACCGGGCCAUCAGCGUGCUCACGAAUUACACUGGCAAAAUCCACUGCAACGAUCUGUCCGACAAUGCCGGAACACCGGGCAUCCACGGUUGGGACGUCCAGUCGUGCAACGAAAUGGUCAUGCCAAAGUGCACCAACGGGAAAACAGACAUGUUUUUCGACCGUCCCUGGAUCAUUGAGGAUGUCACAGCAUACUGUGAGAAUAAGUUCGGUCUCACUCCCGAUGUCCACAAGGCGGCACUCUUAUACGGAGGAAAGAACAUCGCAGCAGCUUCAAACAUCAUAUUCAGCAAUGGUGACCUGGACCCCUGGUCUGGUGGUGGAGUGCUGACAAACCUGUCGGACAGCCUGAUCGCCCUAUACAUAACGGAAGCAGCACACCACCUUGACCUGCGGUCUUCUAAUCCGGCCGACCCCGAGUCGGUUGUCGCCGCCAGGAAGGUGGAGAAAAUGUACAUCAAGAAGUGGCUCCGCGAAGCACAGGCAUCUGCCUAG